GAGAGAGAGAGAGAGAGAGAGAGAGACAGACAGAGAAUGCGAUAGAGUGAGAGGGCGCUAUACGGACGAGCCAAUACCCAUCGAAGCACAAGCGAAAAAUCGUCGCGUCGGCGGUUGUCUUGCAGACUGCUGCGGGGGCAACGGAAAGACUAACACACGAUUGUGCCCACUUACUCAUCGAAAUUCACAAUCGCGCGAGAGCAACGACGCCAACGACGUCGACUGCAGACUGCUGAUCUUACGAUACUCUUCUCUCUCUCUCUUUCUCCCUCGUUACCUAUACUCGUUUGCUCUCUCUCUCUCUCUCUCUCUCUUCCCCUUGCUCCCUCCCUAUAGUCCCCUGCGCACGUUAUAGUCUCAACACUCUCAACACUUUCAAGUCUCAACUCUCAAGAGCAGUCCCUCCGUCUCCGUCUUGUCGUGUGCGUGUCGUGUCCCUCGGCUUGGUUGGCGUGUGUCAAAAAAGUGCAAGGCUAUCCGCUAUCGUCCUAUAUAGCGCAUCCUCGGGGGAGAGUGCAACGCGAUAUUGAAGCACACAUCCUAAAAGACUCCGAAAACAGUAGUGUUGCUUCUAGUCGACUGUGCGCGCGUUAAUUUGCCGUUAUUCGCGCCAAUUAAGUACUUAUAUGCCUUCGUAGACUCGACGAACCCCAGUUGAACAUGAUCAAGUUAUUCUCCUUGAAAAACGCCAAGAAGGAUGGAGAAAGUCCAAAAACGGGCUCUGGGAAAAAAGCAUCCGCAGCACAGCUGAGGAUUCAGAAAGACAUAACUGAGCUAAAUCUGCCAAAAACCUGUAAUACAGAGUUUCCAGACCCCGAUGAUCUGCUCACAUUCAAGCUCAUUAUCUGCCCUGAUGAGGGAUUUUACAAAGGUGGAAGAUUUAUCUUCAGCUUCAAAGUUGGACCCAACUAUCCCCAUGAACCUCCCAAGGUCAAGUGCGAAACACAAGUGUACCAUCCCAACAUUGAUUUGGAAGGAAACGUUUGUUUAAAUAUACUGAGAGAAGACUGGAAGCCUGUCCUUACUAUAAAUUCAAUUGUUUAUGGGUUACAGUAUCUUUUCUUGGAACCAAAUCCAGAGGACCCUCUGAAUAAAGAUGCAGCAGAAGUGCUACAAAAUAAUAGAAGGGUGUUUGAGCAAAAUGUAGCUAAAGCAAUGCGAGGAGGUUACGUUGGACAAUAUUAUUUCCAGCGGUGUCUCAAGUGAUACACUGUUUCCUCUUUGCCAACGCCAACACUAUGCGCGCCUCCUCAAAGACUUACAAUCAGAGGGAGGAUACUAAAAUAUUGGAAGAGUGCAGGGCGGCGCAGUGUAUUCGCCGUCGCCUGUGUGUCCACUUUAUAUAUACUUACGUUCUUCACGUCUUGCCAAGCCUCCAAACACUUAAUUCAUCAAGUAUUUUAUGCUUUCGGCUAAUAAUAAAUCUACUGAAUCUUUGAAGUAUACAUAGUUCUAUAAUUUAAAUACAAAUAAAGGGCCGAGCCCAUAUGUAGAUUUAUCAUAACAGCUGAAAAGAAGGAUUGACAGGCGUGGGAACAGCGUGUAUGAUCGCUCGCUUGCAUAGCUUUAAGUCGUUUCAAUCGUUCGCGACACACAUGCAAAUAAAUAAAAAUAAAAAUUUCAUUUUAUAUUACUCAGA